ACACCGCUGCACCGGUGUGUCAUAUCUUAUCUCUCAUCCUCCUGCAGUUAUAGAAAACGUGGAUCUUAUCAAAGACACAGUCUGCCGUCUGAAUCCUGACAGGCUGGUAAACAGAAAAAAGAAGGGAGGGAGAAGAGAUAGUGGUGAGGGGAAGGCAAGUGGGGCAAAUGUGUCCUGUGCUGUGCAGUGGUGAAGAGGGGAGGCUGCAGAGAAGUGUGGGCUGGGUCAAACUGGCACUUUAAAAGAAGCUCACUUUGGCUUUUGUGCAUUUAACCAGCAGCCAGACUGGGAGGCUAAGAAGGGAGCAGCGAAGGAGUGCAUGAGACAAACAGCUCUGGGGGGAAGGUGUACUCUCAAACACUGGAGCAAGUGUUAUUUUUAGCUCCACAACUCGUUCACUUUUCAGUUUUUCUCUUCCACUCUUCCCUUGGUGGAUGCUAACCAUGGGCAACGGUCGGGACAGGUUCGUGUGGACGGUGCUGCUGCUGCUGCCAGUCCUGGGACGCUCUGAGGCUCUGCGAGACGAGUGGCUGCCAGGGACUUACACCGACACCACUGCUAGUGCACUACAAUUCCUUAAUGACUACAACACAACUGCUGAGCAGGUGUUGUUCUACAGCGUCUCCGCCAGCUGGAACUACAACACUGACAUCACAGAUGCCAACUCUCAGCUUCAGGUACAAGCAUCCCUUGAAGAGCAGGCCUUCUCAUCAGCAUGGGGAGAAAAAGCCAAGCUCUUCAGCAAAGCCACUCUUGAUGCUCUCACUGACCCCAAAGACAAGAAACUGGUGGAGAAGAUCAAGAUACUGGGAGUUGCCAACCUGCCCACGGCAGAAAGAGAGCGUUACAACACAAUCCUCAGCACCAUGGACAGUAUCUAUUCAACAGCCAAGGUGCACCCAGAGCCGAACGUCAGCUGGAGCCUGGAACCUGAACUCACUGAUAUCAUGGCCAGCUCUAGGAGCUACAAGAGGCUGCUUUACGCCUGGGAGGGCUGGCACAAUGCAUCAGGUGUGCCUCUCAGGGAGUACUACCCCAAGUUUGUGGAGCUCAGCAACAAAGCCUCUCGAGCAGACGGAUUUGCGGACACUGGAGCUGACUGGCGCUCUUGGUAUGAGACUGAGACCUUUGAGCAAGACCUGGAGCAGCUCUACCGGACCAUUGAGCCCCUCUACCAGAACCUACAUGCCUUUGUGCGCCGCCAGCUCUACAAACAGUAUGGCCCCAAGUACAUCAACCUUAAAGGACCCAUCCCUGCUCACCUGCUAGGAAACAUGUGGGCCCAGACCUGGAACAAUAUUUAUAGUAUGAUGAUCCCAUUUCCUGAUAAACCCAACAUUGAUGUGACUGCUGAAAUGGUCAAACAAGGAUAUAAUGCCACGCACAUGUUCCGCGUGGCAGAGGAAUUCUUCACCUCUCUGGGUUUGGAAAAGAUGCCCGACGAGUUCUGGAAUGGAUCCAUGCUGGUGAAGCCUGAGGGUCGAGAGGUGGUGUGCCAUGCGUCCGCCUGGGACUUUUACAACCGCAAAGAUUUCAGGAUCAAGCAGUGCACCACAGUAACAAUGGAGCAGCUCUUCACUGUGCACCAUGAGAUGGGGCAUGUCCAGUAUUACCUGCAGUACAAGGACCAGCCUGUGGGCUACCGUCGAGGAGCCAACCCUGGUUUUCAUGAGGCUAUUGGCGACGUUCUGUCUCUCUCUGUUUCCACACCCAAACAUCUGCACACCAUUAACCUGCUGGACAAUGUGACCUCUGACAUUGAAACUGAUACCAACUACUUGUUAAAGAUGGCUCUGGAGAAGAUAGCCUUUCUUCCCUUCGGCUACCUCAUCGACCAGUGGAGAUGGGGUGUAUUCAGUGGACGCACACCCCCAGACCGUUACAACGCUGACUGGUGGUACCUCAGGACAAAAUAUCAAGGCAUCUGCCCACCCACCAAGCGCACAGAGGACCACUUUGAUCCUGGGGCAAAAUACCACAUCCCUGGAAACACACCUUACAUCAGGUAUUUUGUCAGCUUCAUCCUGCAGUUCCAGCUACAUGAAAAACUGUGUGAGGCAGCCAAUCACACUGGUCCCUUGCACACGUGUGACAUCUACCGCUCUGCAGAAGCAGGCGCAAUUUUAAAGAAAAUUCUUGAAGCUGGCUCUUCCAAACCUUGGCCCGUAGUGCUCCAGGAGGCCAUCGGCACCAACAAGUUGGACGCCAACUCACUGAUGAAAUACUUUGAUCCAAUUAUUAAGUGGCUGGAAAAACAAAAUGUGGGUGAGACAUUGGGAUGGCCUGAUUUCAACUGGGUCCCACCCAUCCCUGAGGGCUACCCUGAGGAUAUUGGCAAGAAUACAGAUGAGCUCGAUGCAAAGAAAUUUCUAGAAGAUUACAACAGGACAGCUGAGGGGGUGUGGAACGCCUACACUGAGGCCUCGUGGAAGUACAACACCGACAUCAACGAAGACAAUAAGAAGGCGAUGCUUCAGAAGAACCUGGAGAUGUCAGCCCACACCCUGCAGUAUGGAGAGAAGGCCCGAAUGUACGACACCACUGACUUCCAAGACGCCUCAGUCAAGCGCAUCAUCAAAAAGCUCAGCGACAUUGAGAGGGCCGCUCUGCCUGCGGCAGAACUGGAAGAGUACAACACCCUUUUAUCAAACAUGGAGACCAAGUACAGCGUGGCUACGGUCUGCAGAGAGGAUGGGAGGUGCCAUCCUCUGGAUCCAGAUCUCCAGAAGAUCAUGGCAGAGUCCAGGGACUAUGACGAGCUGCUGUUUGCCUGGAAAGGAUGGAGAGAUUCCGCUGGCAAAGUGCUUCGCCAGGAUUACAAGAGAUAUGUCGAACUGGCCAACAAAGCUGCCACGCUCAAUGGUCACUCUGACAAUGGGGCCUUCUGGCGCUCCCUGUAUGAAACCCCAACCUUUGAGGAGGACCUGGAGACUCUGUGGAAGGAGCUUGAACCGCUCUAUCAGAACGUGCACGCCUACGUUCGCAGGGCUCUCUACAAAAAGUACGGCGCCAAGCACAUCAAUCUGAAGGGACCCAUUCCUGCUCAUUUGCUCGGCAACAUGUGGGCACAGACGUGGUCCGGCAUAAUGGAUUUGGUCAUGCCCUACCCCGAUGCCACGCAGGUUGAUGCCACUCCAGCUAUGGUGGCACAGGGCUGGGAUGCCAUAAGAAUGUUCAAGGAAUCAGACAAUUUCUUCACUUCUCUGGGUCUGCUGCCUAUGCCAGAGGAGUUCUGGAAGAAGUCCAUGCUGGAGAAACCCUCUGAUGGACGGCAAGUGGUGUGCCAUGCCUCCGCAUGGGACUUCUAUAACCGCAAAGACUUCAGGAUCAAACAGUGCACCGUUGUGACCAUGGAUGACCUGAUCACCGUACACCAUGAGAUGGGCCAUGUCCAGUACUUCCUGCAGUACAAAGACCAGCCCGUGUCCUUCCGCGAUGGAGCCAACCCGGGCUUCCACGAGGCCAUUGGUGACGUGCUGGCCCUGUCUGUGUCCACGCCGAAACAUCUGCAGAGCAUCGGCCUCCUGGACAAAGUUGACAACAAACCUGAGAGUGUCAUUAAUUUCCUGAUGAGCAUGGCGCUUGACAAGAUCGCCUUCCUGCCUUUUGGAUACCUGAUGGAUCAGUGGAGAUGGAAGGUGUUUGACGGACGCAUCCCACCGACUGAGUACAAUAAAGAGUGGUGGAACCUCAGAAUGAAGUACCAGGGACUGGCUCCACCCGUACCCCGUACUGAGGACGACUUCGACCCGGGUGCAAAGUUCCACAUCCCUGCUAAUGUGCCCUACGUGAGGUACUUUGUGAGCUUCAUCAUUCAGUUCCAGUUCCACAAAGCUCUCUGUGAUGCUGCCAACCACACUGGGCCUCUACAUACCUGCGAUAUCUACAAGUCUAAAGAAGCUGGGAAGCUGAUGGGUGAUGUGAUGAAGCUUGGCUUCAGCAAGCCCUGGCCAGAGGCUAUGGCCAUGGUCACGGGCCAACCCAAAAUGACUGCCCAGCCGCUCAUGGAGUACUUCAGACCGCUCAUUGAUUGGCUGGAGAAGGAGAACAACAAGAACAAGGAGAUUCGCGGGUGGCCCGAGUACAACUGGCAGCCUCCAAGCACCGGCGUCGAUGUGGACUUCCUGGGUAUGAGCGUGAACAGCUCAGCUGCCAUAGCUGGCCAGUGGGUCCUGCUGGUCCUCGGCGUGGUCCUCCUGUUGGCUACUAUUCUACUGGGUUACAAGUACAGGAAGUCCAAAAAGCGUGACAGGUCCUUAUCCAUGUUGGAGCUAAAGCAAAAGGACUAGGCGAUGGCUAAAGUAAGGCCUGAAUCACUGCAGCUAGCACAGUGCCAACCUCAAUGUGAACAUCAGUGUUUUUGUGUACUGUACAGAGCGUCUGAUCAAAUUUGAUUUCCUUUUUGGUCUGCCUACUCCUUAUCUAGUCUUGCAUAUUUAUUGUAUACACAUUGAGCCCAAUUAUAUUUUGCCUAUGCAAAAGAACAUUACAAUUUUGUAAUUUAUUUGCAAUAUUUGAUGGUCUGGGAGGAAAUGUUUUAAAAUGAAUGUUUGUAAAGUCAUUAAUACAUGAGAUUUUUGAAUAUUUUGAUUUUGUUCUUUUUUUUUCUGUUGCUGCAUUUCUACAAUAAAGACAUGAAAUAUA